AUGAAGGUCACGCUAAAAGAAUGGAACGCCAUCGCUACCUGGCACUGGGAUAUGCCCGAGGAUGAGGUCUGUGGUAUUUGUCGCGUUCAGUUCGACGGCACCUGUCCAACCUGCAAAUUCCCCGGUGAUGACUGCGCGCUCCUACUGGGCAAAUGCGGCCACUCAUUUCAUAUGGUGAGAUCGACGCGUACCGACUAG